AGCCACAGCAUGAUGCACACUGAAAAAGCAGAGCAGUGAACAUCUCUGAGUUAGAUUAGGUGAAAUCACAAAACAGCAUGUCUGAAGUUAUUUACUCUAAACUAAACCUCAGCAAGAACGUUAGAUUUCAGAGGGGCAAGAAAGAGGACGGAAAUGCAGACCUCUCUGAUAACACCUAUGAUGUAACGAUUUAUGACAACAACUUGGCAGAAGAAAGUACGACGCCAAAACGAGAGGAAAACCUUACAGAGGAUCAACAACAAAUCACUGUGACUUCAGAAAAGAGGAAAUUUCUUCGAGUUGCUGCAGUGUUUCUGGGGCUGCUGUGUCUUUUGCUCCUGGCUGCUGUCAUCGUCCUUUUGGUCCUAUUGAUUCAAGAUAAAAGCAGCUGGAACACUGAGAGAAGGGAACUGAUGACGAACAUUGCUGAAAUGCAACGCCUCAGUGCCAGCCUGAGCAAACUACAAGAACAGUUUGAUGCUCAUUUUCAACAAGGAUGGGUGCAUUUCAACCACAGCUUCUAUUAUAUUUCUUCUAUGAAGAAAACCUGGGAAGACAGUAGAAACGACUGUAUGCAUAAAGGUACAGAUCUGGUGGUUAUCGACAGUGAAGAAGAACAGAACUUUACAGAAAGAUUUGCAGGUCCCGUAUGGAUUGGAUUGAAAUACAAGAACGAAGCGUGGAAGUGGGUGGAUGAGACUCCACUAACCCAAAGUGACUGGCUACCUGGGGAGCCUAAUGGUGCUGAGACAGGCGAACACUGCGCAGAAAUCCUGCACAAUAAAGAUGGCAAAGGAUGGAAUGAUGCACGAUGCGCAGAUACAAAAACCUGGAUCUGUGAAAAAAAAGUGGCUCUAUAAAUCAACAAAUAAAACCCCGUAAAGCUGACAUGCGCUUCAAAUUCAGCAUGACUGCACAAAAUCACUUUCAUUAACAAUAAUUUCUGGACGGCUGUUUCACAAUCCUACAGCUCGGUACUGUGUGUGUGAUCAUGUUGGAUUUUGGAUACGGAGGCGUGAUGUCAUGAUCAAUUUACAGGACAUGCAUGCAGGCUAAUUAGACAGAAUAGUUUCUGUCUGGCUUUUUUAUACAUACAUCACAGAAAAAUGAAAGUUUGCACAGCAUAAACUUGGCUGUUGUCAUGUCUUUAUGGGGAUACUGAGAUACAUGCUGUGAAGCAUAAGUGAUAUUUCUUGUCAGAGACCUAGUCCAUAAGCAUCCCCCUAUAGUGAAAGACCCGCCUGAAUGAUGAGUAACUAGCUGAAGUUAUUUCACAUCAGUGGAUUUAACUAUCUUGAUGUGGUUGCUUAACAUGAUGCCUAAAGAAAAGUGGAGAAAUGUUGAUCAGAUUGACACUGAUAUUGUAUAUGUCCUAGUUGAUUUUUUGCAUUCCAGUUUUUUUUUAAAAAGUGCUUUUUAAAUGUACACAUAGGAGAAUGUAGCAAAAUGUAGUCUAAUUUACAUAUAUUUUGUGAUAUGUUAGGCUUUGAAUGUCUCUUUCUCUCUCUUUCUCUCUCUGUCCCUCUUUAUAUUCAUAUAUAUACAAUUUUAAGUUACAGUUUGUUUGCUUUUUGCACAUAAAAUGGAGUUUGGAGAAACAAUGAUUUAGUGUUUGUCACAGAAAGCAUUUGAAAAGUGAUCCACACUUUGGUUCACAUUGAUUUUUGUUGUGCUGUAUGUGUGAAAUUAACUUGAUAUUGAGAAAUAUGUUUUUGUCAGUUGUUAAAUAUUAAAACUUAGAAUCUGUGUUUAACAGUGUACCUUUGUGCCUAUGAAGAGAUACAUAAGAUUAAUUGUAUUUGGAUCCCAAUGAUUUGGAGUAUGUCUCCAUGAAGGGCUAGCAGCUACAGUUACUGUAUGUUACAUAAUGUAACAAGUCUCUCAUGAACCGAAACUAAGGUCUGCAUCAUGCAAAUGUAGCUCUCAUAAUCUUUUCUAACUCAUUCAGUGCAAAUAUAUGAAAUUAGAAGUUUAUGCAUGAUAUUGUUGUGUUUUAUUUAAUAAAAUGUAUUUUAUUCCCA